AUGCCCGGCCUGCGCUGGGCUGGGGGAGGCCAGGGACACCUGCAGCUCUCCAGGAGGCUGCUGAACCUGGACAUGGAGGGACGUUUUCAGACAGGAACACUCUUUGUGUCUAUUCCCCGUUUGCUGCAAAGCCAGAGCGGGUGUUGGUGGGAGAAGGGGGCGCAGGCUGGUGCUGUCUCCACUUUGCUCACGUCCCCUAUCGGGGGUGCCCUGAGCCUCAGUGCAAGGGACCCCCGAUUUGGGGGAGAGCUACCCCCGCCGCCUGCCCUCCGGCCCCUGCAUCCUCCCCUCCCGCUGCAACACCUGCUCUCCCUCCUCUUCCUGCUCUCCUCCGUCUUCGUGCUGGUGGAGCACCUGGCCGUCAUCCUCACCUUCUGGGGCAGCUCCUCCCUCCAGAGGCCCAUGUACUACUUUCUGGGCAUCAUGUCGUCCCUGGAGAUCUGGUACGUGUCUGACAUCGUCCCUAAGACGCUGGACGGCUUCCUCACGCAGCGGGGACGCGUCUCCUUCAUUGGCUGCAUGACUCAGCUCUACUUCUUCAGCUUCCUGGUGUGCACCGAGUGUGUGCUCCUGGCCUCCAUGGCCUGCGACUGCUGCCAAGCCAUCACGACCAUGGGGCUGUGCGUCCAGCUGGUGGCCUUCUCCUUCGUGAGUGGCUUCACCACCUCCGUGAUCAAGGUCUACUCUAUCUCCAGCGCCACGUUCUGUGGCUUCAAUGUCCUGAAGCGUGUCUUCUGUGACAUCUCCCCCAUCCUCAAACUGGCCUGCACGGACUUCUCGACCACCGAGCUGGUCGACUUCGUCCUGGCCUUCAUCAUCCUGGUGUUCCCGCUCGUGGCCACCAUGCUUUCCUACGGACACAUCCCCCUGGCCGCCCUGCGCGUCCCCUCGGCCACGGGCUGUCAGCGAGCCUUCUCCACCUGCGCCUCCUACCUCACCGUGGUCACCAUCUUCUACACGGCCUUGAUCUUCAUGUACGUCUGGCCCCAGGCCAUUGAUUCCCGGAGCUCCAACAAUCUCAUCUCUGCUGUUUACACUGUCCUCACCCCAAUCAUCAACCCCUUGAUCUACUGUCUGAGGAACAAAGAAUUCAAGGAUGCUCUGAAAAAGGCUCUGGACUUAGGUCAACUUUCACAGUAG